AGCCUGGGGACACCGGCCAGAACUGCUCUGCAUUACGCGUGUGCCUAUGGCCACAGGGAAGUGGUCCAUGUGUUACUCGACUACGAAUGCACCAUCAGUGUCUUCGAUAACGAGCAGUGCACUCCACUUAUUAAGGCCAGCCAGCGGGAGUUUCAUUUGUGUGUCGAUACCCUGCUGACACAUGGAGCUGAUCCGAACGACGCAGACAUGUACGGGAACACCGCGCUGCAUUACGCAGCUCUGAAUGAUGACUUAGAACUGGCAGAUCUACUGCUUGCCUACGAUGCAAAUAUCGAGGCAAAAACAAAGGAAGGCUUCACGCCAUACCUCCUUGCUCUACAGGAAAACAAAGAUUUUAUAGCAGAAUUUUUGGAACACAUGGGCGCAGAUAUACAUGCGGAGGAGCUGCUGGAUAGGAAACACCGUAAAAUGCACCGCAGGAGGAUGUGUAAGCAUACAGUGCGACGUCGAGAAGCAGCUCGCAGUACUUCUCCGAGCUUCUAUCGCAGGGCGACCAACAGAGGUGCUCGUGAUUCUGAAACUGAAAGAGACGAGCAAGACAAUGACUUCAAUGCCCAGGUUGAACGAGUGAGGAAGAAAUGCUUACUUAAGGAACUGACAGGCUCAGAGAAGUUACAUCGUAGAGCCGCAGCUACUGUUUCUGCUGCUGCCGACCCUGCUGCCCCUGGUUCUGGUAGCGCAGCUCCUGCCUCCUCUGCCGCUGCUGCUGAUGGCACUGAUCCUCCUGUUCCUGCUACUCCUGCCCCUCCUGCUUCUCCUGCCCCAACUUCUACUCCUGCCACUACUAUCCCUGAUGUUGACCCAUUCGAUUCUCCUGCUCCUUCUGCUUGUGAUACUCUGGAUGGUUCUGAUGCUCCGGAUGCACCUCAUAUUCCUGAUGGUACCGAUACUCUGCAUGGUCCCGAUUCUCCAGAUGGUCCUGAUUCUCUGGAUGUUCCCAAUCCUCUGCAUGAUCCUGAUACUCCCACUGACCUUUCUGCUCCUGCUGAUCAUGCUCCCCUUUCUUCUCCUAUAUAUCUGCACCUGCUCUUCCUCCUCGUCUUGCUUGUCUUCUUCCACCUGCCCCUGCCAUUCCUCAUGCCCCUGUUGUUCCUGCUGCUCCUAGUGAUGCUUUGUCCUUACCGUCCUCAUGCUCCCCUUGCCUCAUCUGCACCGGACACUGCUGAUGGUCCGGACACUUAUGAUGGUCCAGAUACUCCUGAUGGUGCAGACACUCCUGAUGAUCCAAACACUACUGAUGGUCCGAAUAUCACUGAGGGUAAUGAUAGUCCCAAUGGUCCAGACAAUUCUGAUCGUCCAGCUAAUGCUGAUGGUCCAGACACUCCAGAUGGUCCGUACAUUCCUGAUGGCUUGGACACUUCUGAUGGUCCAGUAUUUCCCGAUGGUUCAAAAUAUCCUGAUGUUCCAGACACAGCUAAUGGUCCAUAUACUUCUGAUGCUCCAGAUAGUACCAAUGUUUCAGAAUAUCCUGAUGGUCUGGUCACUCAUCAUGGUCCAGUAACUUCCAAUGCUUCAGAUAACCCUGAUCUUCCGGUCACUCCUGAUGGUCUGGACGCUUGUGAUUGUCCAGAUACUAUUAAUGAUUCAGACAAUACUCAUGGUCUGGUCACUCCUGCUGGUCCAGACACUCCUGAUGAUCUACACACUCCUGGUGGACCGGAUAGUCCUGAUAGUUCAGAUGAUCCCGAUGGUCCUAACACCUGUGAUGUUCCAGUUACUCAUGAUGGUCCGGAUAACCAUGAUGAUCUGGACACUUUGGAUGGUCCAGAUAAUACCGUUGUAUUAGAUAAUCCUGUUGGUCCAGACACUCCUGAUGUUUCGGACACUUCUGAUGGUCUGGAUAAGCCUGAUGGUCCAGAUAAUCCCGAUGGUCCAGACACUCACGAUGGUCCAGACACUCCUCACAGUAUGGACACUUGUGAUGAUCCUGAUACUUCUGCUGUUCCCAAUACUUCUGAGGCUCCCACUACUUCUGUUGGUUUUGAAAUUUCUAAUGGUUCCAGUACAUCUGAGAAUCCCCGUGUUUCUGAUGGUCCCGAUGCUCAGGAUGGUCCUGAUUCACCUGCACCUCCUGCUGCCCUUCUUGAUCCUGCUAUUACUGUGGAUGCUGAUGUGCCUGCCCCUCGUUCUGUUCCUGCCGAUGGUCCCGCAUCUCCUAAGGCUGCUGACUAUGAUGAUGAAAAACAUGCUCUAAAAGCUGUGAAAGACGUUCCAACUAAGGAGAAAAAUGAUAAAAAUGAAAGUGCUUGUCCUUUGGAGAAAGGAAACAAACAUGAAAUUACAAAAAGUCCAUUGAAAGAAUUGGUGAGAAUACCAACACCUAAGACAUCUACUGCAGAAAUGGACACACCGAAGGGAGUGAGCGGUCAUCUCGAGUCAGAUUCCACCAUCAGAAUGGAACGUAAUAAUCAAGCAUUUUCAUACAAAUGCCUAAUGAAUGGAGCCCCCUGCCCUCUGGCAGAAGAAAAGAAAAGUGAAAAUAGCAAAUUCACUACAAGCGAAUCCAUGUCUGCAUCAACCAGCGCGGGGUCUCCUUUUGAAAUGGGGACUGUGCCCGAACCGCAAGUUGACGGUAGUCACGUGUCCGGUGAUCUACACCGAACUGGGAGAAGAAAUGAAAGAGCCUAUCCUUUGGAGAAAGGAAAUAAAAGUGCAAUUACAAAAAGUCAAUUGAGAGAAUUGGUGAGAAUACCAACACGUGAGACAUCCACUUCAGAAAUGGACUCUCCUUACAGUCCUGACACUUCUGGUGGUCCAGAUACUCUUGAUGGUCCGGACACCCACAAUGGUCGGGACACUUGUGAUGGUCCAGAUACUACCACUGUUUCAGAUCAUCCUGAUUGUCCGGACACCCCUGAUGGUACAGACACUUCUGAUGGUCCACAUAAUCCUGAUGGUCCAGACAUUCCUGAGGGUCCGGACACUCCUGAUGGUGCGGAUAUUCCUGUUGGUUCAGAUAAUCCUCAUGAUCCGGACACUCCUGAUGGUCCAGACAUUCCUUUCAGUCUGGGCACUUCUGAUGAUACUGACACCUCUGAUGUUCUUGAUACCUCUGAGGGUCCCAUUACUCCUGUUGGUCCCAUAAAUUCUGAUGGUUGCAGUACUUCUGAGAGUUCCCGUGUUUCUCAUGGUCCCAAUGCUCAGGAUGGUCCAGAAUCUCCUGCUCCUCUUGCUGCCCUUCUGGAUCCUGCUAUUUCUGAGGAAGCUGAGGUUCCUGCCCCUCUUUCUGUUCCUGCCGAUGGUUCCGCAUCUCCUAAUGCUGCUGACUAUGAUGAUGAAGAACAUGCUCUACAAGUUGUAAAAGUCGUUCCCACUAAGGAGAAAAAUGAUAAAAAUGAAAGUGCCUGUCCUUUAGAGAAAGUAAACAAACAUGAUAUUACAAAAAGUCCAUUGAACGAAUUGGUGAGAACAUCAACACAUAAGACAUCUACGGCAGAAAUGGACACAUUGAUGGAAGUGAACUUUCAUCGCGUGUCAGGUGAAGUCCAGCACACAGGGAGCAGGCUUAAUGAUGGAGCUAGGGAAUCAAGCCAAGACGGCACGCUUUGUGAACAAGAGUCUACUGUCAGAUUGGAACGUAAUGAUCAAGCAUUUUCAUACAAAUGCCAGAGAAAUGAAAGAGCCUAUCCUUUGGAGAAAGGAAAUAAAAGUGCAAUUACAAAAAGUCAAUGGAGAGAAUUGGUGAGAAUACCAACACGUGAGACAUCCGCUUCAGAAAUGGACUCUCCUUACGGUCCUGACUCUUCUGGUGUCCCAGAUACUCUUGAUGGUCCGGACACCCACGAUGGUCUGGACACAUGUGAUGGUCCAGAUACUACCACUCUUUCAGAUCAUCCUGAUGGUCCGGACACCCCUGAUGGUACAGACAUUUCUGAUGGUCCACAUAAUCCUGAUGGUCCAGAUAUUCCUGAUGGUGCGGACACUCCUGAUGGUCUGGAUAUUCCUGUUGGUUCAGAUAAUCCUUAUGAUCCGGACACUCCCGAUGGUCCAGACACUCCUUACAGUCUGGGCACUUCUGAUGAUCCUGAUCCCUCUGAUGUUCCUGAUGCUUCUGAGGGGCCCAGUACUCCUGUUGGUCCCAUAACUUCUGAUGGUUGCAGUACUUCUGAGAAUCCCCGAGUUUCUCAUGGUCUCAAUACUCAGGAUGGUCCUGAAUCUCCUGCUCCUCUUGCUGCCCUUCUGGAUCCUGCUAUUUCUGAGGAAGCUGAUGUUCCUGCCCCUCUUUCUGUUCCUGCCGAUGAUCCCGCAUCUCCUAAUGCUGCUGACUAUGAUGAUAAAGAACAUGCUCUACAAGUUGUAAAAGUCGUUCCCACAAAGGAGAAAAAUGAUAAAAAUGAAAGUGCCUGUCCUUUGGAGAAAGUAAACAAACGGGAAAUUACAAAAAGUCCAUUGAACGAAUUGGUGAGAACAUCAACACCUAAGACAUCUACUGCAGAAAUGGACACAUUGGUGGAAGUGAACGGUGAUCUCGUGUCAGAGUCCGCUGUCAGAUUGGAACGUAAUGAUCAAGCAUUUUCAUACAAAUGCCACAGGAAUAAAAGAGCCUAUCCUUUGGAGAAAGGAAAUAAAAGUGCACUUACAAAAAGUCAAUUGAGAGAAUUGGUGAGAAUACCAACACGUGAGACAUCCACUUCAGAAAUGGACUCUCCUUACGGUCCUGACUCUUCUGGUGGUCCAGAUCCUCUUGAUGGUCUGGACACCCAUGAUGGUCUGGACACUUGUGAUGGUCCAGAUACGACCACUGUUUCAGAUAAUCCUGAUGGUCCAGACAGCCCUAAUGGUACAGACACUUCUGAUGGUCCACAUAAUCCUGAUGGUCCAGACAUUCCUGAUGGACCAGACACUACUGAUGGUGCGGAUAUUCCUGUUGGUUCAGAUAAUCCUCAUGAUCCGGACACUCCCGAUGGUCCAGACACUCCUUACAGUCUGGGCACUUCUGAUGAUCCUGAUCCCUCUGAUGUUCAUGAUACUUCUGAGGGGCCCAGUACUCCUGUUGGUCCCAUAACUUCUGAUGGUUCCAGUCCUUCUGAGAGUCCCCGUGUUUCUCAUGGUCCCAAUGCUCAGGAUGGUCCUGAAUCUCCUGCUCCUCUUGCUGCCCUUCUGGAUCGUGCUAUUUCUGCGGAAGCUGAUGUUCCUGCCCCUCUUUCUGUUCCUGCCGAUGGUCCCGCAUCUCCUAAUGCUGCUGACUAUGAUGAUAAAGAACAUGCUCUACAAGUUGCUAAAGUCGUUCACACUAAGGAGAAAAAUGAUAAAAAUGAAAGUGCCUGUCCUUUGGAGAAAGUAAACAAACGUGAAAUUACAAAAAGUCCAUUGAAAAAAUUGGUGAGAACAUCAACACCUAAGACAUCUACUGCAGAAAUGGACAAAUUGAUGGAAGUGAACGGUCAUCCCGUGUCAGAGUCCACUGUCAGAUUGGAACGUAAUGAUCAUGCAUUUCCUUACAAAUGUCUAAGAAAGGAAAGAGCCUGUCCAUUGGGAAAAGGAAAUAAAAGUGCAAUUACAAAAAGUCAAUUGAGAGAAUUGGUGAGCAUACCAACACCUGAGACAUCCACUGCAGGAAUGGACUCAAUGAUGGAAAUCAACAGUCUUUCCGCAUCAGAUUCCACAGUUGGAAAGGAAAACAAGUAUAAAGUAGUUCCAUACAAAAGGCUAAAGGAAGUCAAUAAUAGUGAAAAUGAUAUAACUGUAAUAGGAAAUGAAGAAAUGGAAAAACAUAAAGGUUUCUUGCACUUAAAUUGGAAACUAGGAACAGCACAUAAGAAACACAUUAAAAGGAGUGAGCCCCACUGCCCUCUGGCAGAAGAAAAGAAGAGUGAAAACAGUAAGUUCACUACAUGGGAAUCCGUGUCUGCAUCAACCAGAGAAAGGUCUCCUGUUGAAACGGACACUGCGCAGCCAGCGCAAGUUGACGGCAGUCACGUGCCUGGUGACCUACACCACACCGGGAGAAGGGCUGCCGAGAUUACAUCUACCGAACUCCACAAGGUGGGCGAGAGAGUUGAUAGAAGGAGCAGACGAUUUCACUCAUUCAGCAUAAACAACUUCAGACGCCUUAUCUUCUUCAGGUCCUUCGAGGUCCUCUGAAGUCUUUGGUGUUCAAUUGAGAACUCAAGUCAUAAUCCUCCUCCACGUUUAAGAAGAACACAAUACAUCUUUGCAUUUUGCAGAAACACUUACUAAGAUUAA